UUUGAAUGAAGAUGAUGAAGAGAUGGCAGAAGUAAACGUAGUAGUUAAUCAAAACGAAAUUGAGUUGGAAGAAGCCCACUUGCAUAGCUUAAUUGACAAUGAGAUCGCAUUUGGGUUCAGGAGGGCUGAAGAUUUGGUCAUUGACGACUGGGUUCAAGAAGCUCGCUUGCAAGCUAUCACAUGGGUUCAAACAAGAACAAGAGCUCUUGGGUUUCAUCCCAGAACAGCAUAUUUGGCCAUCACAUACUUUGAUCGGUUCAUUUCCCUGCAAGCCAUCCCAGAAAAAAAAAGGGCUGCUUUCGUUAGAGUGAUUUCAGUGGCAUGUCUAUUAUUGGCUGCAAAGAUGGAGGAGAUGAACCGCCCACCACUUUCACAAUACACAAUCCAAUUCCAAGGCGGAAGUAUUAAGAAAAUGGAGCUUCUGGUAUUGGUAGUCUUGAAAUGGGAGAUGAAUUUAAUCACACCCUUUGCGUUUCUUGAUAACUUCAUCUCAAAGUUGUGCCAAGAAUCUCCACCAGGUCUAAAAUCCGGGAUUGAACAACGGCUCCUUUCCAUAAUGACAGAGAUUCAUUUAAUGCAUCAUCGACCAUCUGCCAUAGCAGCUGCCGCCACCUUGAUGGCAGUGGAUCAGAACUUAGCACAAGAAGCAUUGGAAGCCAAGAUAACAUCCAUUCCUGAAUUGUACUUCCUGGAAAUUGAAGCUGUGUAUUCAUAUUACACGAUAAUGCAGGUGCCAUAGACGAAUUAACCUAAAGAAUUUG